CAGUUAUAAAGAGGCUGACCCAGCAGAGAGUGGAGGGGAAUUACAAGGUGCAGGAAAACAGCAGCACCGGGCCAGACUGGGCGUCUGCUUGACUCACCACGACCUGCUCUGCACCAUGGAGAAGGACAGGCUGCCCAGCAAACCAAACAUCUUUCUCCUUCUUCUCUUCUUCCUUCCUGGAAAUACCUCUCCCACCCCAGAACCGCAGUAUAUGGUGCUACUGCCCUUCCUGAUACACAGUGAUUCUUCUGAGAAAGUCUGUGUUCAGCUGACCCACCUGAAUGAGUCUGUGACGCUGAGUGCCACACUCGAGUAUCAAGGGGUAAACAGGAGCUUGAUUGAUGAUGUGGUGUCAGAGAAGGACAUGUUCACCUGCAUCCCUUUCUCUCUUCCAAAAGCCAAUAGCGCAUCAGUGGCAUUUCUCACUGUGAUGGUGAAGGGGGCGACACUGCAGUUCAGGAGCCGCAAGUCGGUGCUGGUCCAGAAUUCUGAAAGCCUGGUCUUCGUCCAGACGGACAAACCCAUCUACAAGCCCGGACAGACAGUUCUGUUUCGGAUCGUCUCUCUGGACAAAGACUUCAACCCGCUGAAUGAGAAGUUUCCAUUUGUCUAUGUUCAGGAUCCCCAGAGGAACCGUGUGUACCAAUGGCAAGGGGUGGAACUGGAGACCGGCCUUACGCAGCUCUCCUUCCCCCUCACCUCGGACCCCAUCCAAGGCUCCUACAAAAUAGUCGUGCAGAAGAGCUUCUCGUCCCAUGUGGAGCACUCCUUCAGCGUGGAGGAAUAUGUGCUGCCCAAAUAUGAGGUCCUGGUGAAGCUGCCCAAGAUGAUCACUAUUAAGGACGUGGAGCUUCCAGUGUCCGUCUGCGGUCUGUACACCUAUGGCAAACCUGUUCCUGGUUUGGUGACUGUCCAAGUGUGCCGGAAAUUUUCCCAUUCUGCUUCAAAUUGUUACGGAAAAGAAGCAGAAGCUGUGUGUGAAGAAUUCACUAGGCAGGUGAACGCUCGUGGGUGUGUUUCUGAUAUAGUAAAGACCAAGAUAUUUCAGCUC